AUGUCUUCCGACGCGAUGGCGGACAAGCGAGGCCGCAUCAUUGCGAGCGUCGCUGCCACCGCGAUAGCGCUGGCCUGUGGAUCCAAUUAUGUGUACUCCGCGUGGGCGCCGCAGUUUGCAGAGCGACUCGGGCUCUCAGCGACAGAGAGCAAUCUCAUUGGGCUCUUUGGUAACCUGGGCAUGUACACGAUGGGUGUGCCCAUAGGCAUGUUCAUCGACAAUGGAGGCCCGAGGCCAGCCGUUCUGGCAGGCUCCGUCCUGCUCGCCGUCGGCUACUUUCCUCUCCAUCGUGCGUAUGACAGCGCAUCCGGGCCGGUCCCACUGCUCUGUUUCUUUUCGUAUCUGAGUGGCCUCGGCGGAUGCAUGGCCUUCGCUGCCGCGGUCAAGACAUCUGCCCUCAACUGGCCUCAAGACCGAGGCACUGCCACCGCAUUUCCACUCGCGGCCUUUGGCCUCAGCGCCUUCUUCUUCUCGCUGCUGGGCGGCAUCCUCUUCCCGGGCGACCCCAGCGACUUUCUGUUGCUGCUGGGGGUCGGGACAUGCGGGUUGACCUUGGUGGGCUUCUUCUUCCUCAAGGUCUACCCGCACCAGCGCUCCAGCUACCAUGCACUGCAGUCUGGUGAUGGUGAGGAGGACGAUGCAGAGGAUCUCGUGCCCGAUCGUCCAGCCCGCCUUUGGCGAACAUCCUCCAAGGAACUCAAGGCUCGUCGAGCCAACGGUAAUGAUAUGGAACCCGACACUAUUGCCAGUCCCGAUACACCAACAUCCGUUGGCGAUGCCGCGGCGUACCGCCGUGAAGAUCCUGACGAGACCACGCCCCUCUUUCCCAGUCCCUGUGAUUCCUCUGAGGAUUUGGUGGCGGACAGCAUUAUUGAUUUGGAUCGUUCGCACCGAGUAGAUAUUCGCGGACUCAAGCUCCUGGCAAACGUUGAAUUUUGGCAACUGUUCCUGAUCAUGGCCAUCUUGGCGGGUGUCGGUCUCAUGACCAUCAACAACAUUGGCAACAACGCCAAGGCCCUCUGGAAGAAGCACGACGAUUCCGUCAGCUCCGAGUUUCUGGUGUCGCGUCAGCAGAUGCAUGUCUCCAUCCUGUCGGUCUGCAGCUUCCUGGGACGAUUGUCCAGUGGCGUCGGUUCCGACUUUCUCGUCAAGCGCCUGCACGCUAGUCGCGUCUGGUGCUUGGUGCUUGCCACCGUCAUCUUCUUCUGCGCCCAGGUCUGCGCUCUCAACAUUGAGAACCCGCACCUGCUGGGCUUCGUCUCUAGCCUCUCGGGCCUGGGGUAUGGCUUCCUGUUUGGCGUCUUCCCGUCCAUCGUCGCCGAAACCUUCGGGAUCCGCGGCUUGAGCCAGAACUGGGGUUUCAUCACGCUCGCCCCUGUGGUCUCCUCCAACGUGUUCAACAUCUUCUACGGGCAGACGUACGACGCACACACUGUCAAGCGCCCCAGUGGCGAGAUGAUGUGCAUGGAUGGGCUGGAGUGCUACAAGAGCGCGUACUGGAUGACUUUUUGCUCUUGCGUUGUCGGGCUGGGUGCGUCCCUGUGGACCAUUCGCCACCAGCAUGUCAGGCACAAUAAGGAAUUGUCCAAGGGCGAUGAGGAGGACUAG